UGAUCUCCUACUACUUUUCACCCAGAUGAGUGGGUUCUUCUUCGGUUCAGUCAAAAGAUUGCUUCUCACAUUUCAGAAAGAAACUGAUAGAAAAUCUUGUUGAAGGAUGCAUGUCUAGUUGACAUUUUGAUUUAUUUAUAUAUUUGAUUACAUUCUUAAUGAUCUUUACGUUUUGAUCAUAUAUGAUCACCUUGACUGCUUAUACUUAAAUUCACCAAAGAAAUUUCCAGGUAGUUGUGAUAUUUGAAUUCUUCUUGAUAAGACUGAUUACCCUUCUUCUUCAUCCACUAGAAUAUUGCACACCUUUCCCUGUUGUAAUUAUUUAAAUUAAGGAGAUAUAAUAUUUAAACAGAGAAAUCUUUUGUUUAAACACUUGAAUGAUGUAUGCGUGGGGAAGUAUAUUGAGUCAACUGAUUGGCUGAAGCUCUUGUUAUGAUUUUAAUCAAUAAAAAGAGUGAAUAACAUACAAGAUGAAUAGAAUAUAGAGAAAAGAGCAAAGCUUAAUUUUCAUAUUUGCAGCAGCAACAUGAGCAUUUUUUACCAUUCAAUAAUGAAGAUAAGUAGCAGGGAGAGAACACACCUUUCAUCUUUAAUGUUGAUGUUGCUCUGCUUGCAGAUAUAUACAAAAGCUCAAGAAGAUUUAGCCUACAAGGAGAUCCCAGUGGGAGUGAUUCUAGAUAUGGGAUCAUCAUAUCCAUAUUCAUAUUCAUAUUCAUAUUCUGGGGUUGGAAAGGCUGUUCAUAGCUGCAUCACCAUGGCAGUGUCUGAGUUUUACAUGGUCAAUCCUCACUUCCAAACAAGGAUAAUUCUUCACCACAGGGAUACCCAUGGAGACCCACUGCAUGCUCUCUCUGCUGCUCUUGAUCUUUUGGAGAAGCCGAAAGUGCAAGCAAUCAUAGGUUCAGAGUCAACAGCUGAAGCAAAGUUCCUGGCGGUUUUGGGAGACAAAGCUAGAGUGCCUAUUCUUUCACUUUCACCAUGUCUCUCUUGCAACAAGCAUCCUUAUUUCCUUCAAGUUACACAAGAUGAAAAUGAAACCACUCAAUUUAAAGGGAUUGCUGCAAUGGCUGAAUCCUUUAGAUGGAAGGAAGUUAUCCUUAUCUGUGAGGAUAGUGAUAGUGGAAGAGAUAUGACAAAUACUCUCCAAACAAAGAGCAUACUGGUAACACAUAGGAGCCUAAUUUCAACCUCUUGGAGCAAUGAACUACUCCAGGAAGAGCUUCACAGGCUUUCAACCGUGCAAACAAAAAUAUUUAUCAUGCAUGCUUCCCCUUCUGUUGCAUCCCACCUUUUGGUGAAUGCAAAGCAUCUAGGAAUGAUGGAUGAAGGAUACAAAUGGAUUAUCACCGGUAAGACUAUGAAGUUUCUGAAUUUGCUGGACGAUGAAGUUAUUGAGUCUAUGCAAGGGGCAGUGGGUUUUAAAUCAUAUGUUCCACGAUCAAGAGAUCUUCACAAUUUCACUUCCAGAUGGAGAAGGAAAUACCAUGUGAUGGUGAAGCUCCAGGAGAUAAACAGUUAUGCUCUUUGGGUGUACGAUGCAGUUUCAGCUCUAGCAAUGGCUGUAGAGCAAGUUGAACAACUGAAGAGAAAAGAUGUGGAUACAACUGCAAGUGAGUUGACUCAAAGCCAAAGGGGUACAACACUUCUGCUGAAUGAGAUGUUAAGCAUCUCAUUUCAUGGUUUAGGUGGUGCUUUCCAACUUAGGAAUGGGAAGAUUAAUGCUGCACAAGUCAUGGAAAUAGUAAAUGUGAUAGAUAAAGGUGAAAAGAGGGUUGGAUUUUGGACACUGGAUGCUGGUUUCACCAAAAAUAUUGGUAGUUUGAAUAAUUCAGUUUCUGAUGAGGGUCUGGAAGCCAUCAUCUGGCCUAAAGGUGGUAUCACAACUUAUCCAACACACAGGAUGCUACAAGUGAGUAGCAAAAUCCUCAGAAUUGCCAUUCCACCAAAAUUUGGAGUGGGGAGAGUUUUUCAAGUGAAAUACGAUGCUGAAACUAAUUCCACAGUCAUUUCAGGGUUUUGUGCAGACGUAUUCCGAGCUGCAUUCAAAGGAUUAGGUCGCGACAUAUCCUUUCAGUUCAUCCCAUUUACGGGAGAAGAUAGAAUAGUAAAUUACAACGAGCUUAUAUAUGGAGUCUAUACUGGGGAAUUUGAUGCUGCAGUUGGAGAUAUAACAAUCACGGCUAACAGAACUCUAUAUGUUGACUUCACACUGCCAUAUACCGAUCUUGGUGUUGGAACCCUGUCUCGAAAUGCUCAUGCAGGCAUAUGGAUCUUUAUGGAACCACUGAGUUCAGAUCUGUGGCUUGUAUCUGCUUCUUUCUUUAUAUUACUCGGUUUUGUCAUUUGGAUUCUUGAACAUCAGACGAAUAAAGAGUUUCAAGGUUCAUCAUCACAACAGAUUGGAACAACAUUAUGGUUUGCCUUUUCGACCCUUGUUUUUGCCCAUAGGCAGAAGCUGCAGAGUAAUUUGUCAAGAUUUGUAGUAAGUGUGUGGUUGUUUGUAGUGCUGGUACUUGCUUCAAGCUACACAGCAACCUUGAGUUCACUGUUCACCAUUGAACAAAUUCGGUUAGCCUCAAAGGGAGACUUAAUUGGAUACCGAGAUGGUUCCUUUGUGCAGGGAGAUAUUGUUAGGAACUUGAAUUUUAAAGACACCAGGUUGAAGCCAUAUUAUACAUCAGAGGAAUAUGCUGAUGCUUUAUCACGUGGAAGCAAGAAUGGUGGUGUUGAUGCAAUUAUUGAUGAAAUUCCAUACCUGAAGGGAUUCCUAGCUCAGUAUCCAUCUGGCUACUCCAUGGUUGUGUCUGAAGUCACCACUAGUGGUUUUGGCUUUGCAUUCCCGUUAGGUUCACCCUUGGUCCCUGAGUUAUCAAGACAGAUUUCCAGACUACGAGAAAAUGGGAGCUUAGCAAAGUUGGAGAAGAAAUGGUUUAAAUCAGAUCCACACUCAAAGGACUCUGAGCCUGCUUUAAAGAUUCUAAACCUGAAAACGUGUCGUGGUCUAUUUCUUAUUAGUGGAGUCUCAAUGGCUGUGGCCCUUUCCAUAUUCUUGUUUUAUUUUAUUCAUGAGAAACUGCAUUUCACAUACACAAUGCUGGCUGGAGGAAAACUUGCAUUCAUAAUGAGGAUUCUCAACCCUAAACCGGUGGUUGAACUUGAAAGAAGAUGAUCCCAACCAAACAACAACUACAACUAUGCCAUUCAUCUUGUCUAUGUUUAUUCCUUUCUAGUUUCUAGGCUCAGGCAUAUGAAGAUUCAUUAGUAAAGUUGAUUAUCUCUCCAAUUUCUCCAUUUAGUCGUGUACUUUUUUUUAAUCAAUGGUAGCAAUGUGAGGUAUGACAAAACAAUGUUGAAUGUUAAGAUUCUGCUUCUUUAA